CAUGAAAGAAAAUAGUAAACCUUUUUCAGUAACAUACCCGAUAAACUAUGCACUAACCAAUAGUCAUCAUAGUCUAGCAUUUAGGGACAAGGAAGCCAUCACCAUAGAAGAUUUAUUCAAACCAUUAAUUCAAUUAGAAUCCCCUCUAUAAGUAAUAAAAUCAAAUUAUGAACAUCCAAGAAUAAGUGUAGAUGAGAGAGUCUCUUCCAUGAGACUAACCGAUAAGCAGAAAGAAAAGGAGAAAGAAGAAAACAAGGAAAUAAAAAACAUAACUAUACUUCAUCAAAAUGAUAAUACUAGUGAAAUAAAAAAGCUACAAGAACUAAUCGUAGAAAUGAGUGAAAAAUUGUAAAAGAUGCCUAACGCUCAUUACAUAAAUAAAUUGAUAGAAGGAAUAGAUGCAAUAGACCUUACAUCAGUAAACGACAUUAAUACGGUUACAUUAGAAUUAUCCCACUUUGUAUCAGAUAUUGUAGAAAAACAUAUGUGUAUCGGAAAUUCGGAAACAUUGGAAGAAGUCGUAUCUAAAACUGAAUUAAUCACCGAUAUAAUAACUAGUCUAAACAAAAUAAAGCAGAAACUAGAAAAUAGAUACAACCAAGUACAACAAAAUGACUUUAGAACUCAUACUCAUGGAAGAAAAUGAAAUUGCGAAAGAUUUUUUGUAAACAUUGAAAGGAUGUUUCCUUUGAUGUUUUUGGACCAUCUUUGUUUGGACCCUUUCACGAAGAGAAAAGAAAGCGAAGAAAAUGUAUUGGUGAAAGGAUGUUUCCUUUGUCAUUUUUUGGUAUCAGAGCCUUCAAGACAAGCCCAUCAAAUGAAAGAGACUAAUCCAUUUAAAUUAAAAAGCAUUAAAAUAAUUAGUCCAAUAGUAAAUUAAAAAAAAGUGCAACCCGAUUCAACCCGAUGGGCUCACUUUGACACCUAUAGUUACAUAUACGUUCUGGCGAAGUGAUUCAGAACUAGCGGUGCUUUUUUUCCGGGAAAGUGGAAACACCUUUUUGUUACAUUUCUUUCUUUGUGGCCACGGCUGGAAUGUGGAAAGUGCACUAGGAAAGGACAUGACUCAUGAGACAAUGGCGUAUAUUUGAAAUGCCCAAUUCACAACCUUGCAUCGCAUUGCUUGCUCUGCCUUCCAAGGGGAGACACAAGUACUGAAGUACAUGUUGAGUUAUGGGUUUUAGCCCUUGCACGUAUGACCAGGCCCAUACGUAGCAUAGGGGUUCUCGGCCUAGUAGGGUUAGGACACCCGAGUAUAUAUUGAUUUAUAUGCAUGUAAUUGUUGAGGAUAAGAAUACAAGACUCCUAUUCCCGCCGUGGACUAGUCUUGCUCACAAUGAGCAAGGAUACCACGUUAAAUUCUGUGUCGUAUUCCGUUUCAAUCUUGUUCUUCGUUUCAUUUCUCCGUUCCAAUUAACAUGGUAUCAGAGCUAUCUGCAAUGGAUUCAGAUCAUAUCUCGGCACGUUUGAACUCGAAGAAUUACGCGCUUUGGGAGUUCCAGUUCCGUAUCUAUAUCGAAGGGAAAGGGCUUCUCUCCAUGAUCGAUGGAUCGUCGUCCAGACCUAUUGUUCCGCCUGCUACCGCGCAAGCUUUGCUUCAAUGGCAGCAAAACGAUGCGGGCGUCAAGACUGCUCUUCUGAACUCUGUCGAGAAGUCGAUCGUGCUAGGUUUACGUACCCUCCCGACGGCGGCUGAUAUGUGGAGGAACUUGGCCGAAACGUAUGGAACUACAAGCGUGGCUCGUCAGUUUGAUCUCGAGAUCGCACUCUCUCAGCUUCAGCAGGGCGAUUGGGAUAUCGCCUCUUAUUACAAUGAGGCGAGGCAGCUCUGGACUGAGCAAGACUUGGUCUCUACUGCGCUGAUGCCGUCGGGAGUCUCUGAAGAAGCCCGAGCUGAAAAGAAUCGGAUUCGCUUGCUGCACUUUCUUGCGCGGCUUCGCCCGGAGUAUGAGGCGCUUCAUGCCCCGUUGAUUCACCGCGACUCACUCAAGAUGGAGGGGGUUCUCGGCGCCUUGCUGCAGGAGGAAACCCGACUUCGUACGCAAUCGGUUCUGGAUGUCAAACCUAGUCAGGGAGACGCUAGCAUCUUUGCAGUUGGCGGCAGCCGCCUUUCCCGUUUCGUUUCCACUCCUCAUGCAGGGCGAUCCGGUCCAGCUGUUGCUCGUGAAGGACAAUCCUCCCCUGCUCCUGCUGUUCCGAAUGAUGAGACGUAUGACUCCGCCUUCGCAGCCCUCCGUCCACAAUUUCAGCGUCGCUCUGACGUCGAAUGCCAUCACUGCCACCUCAAGGGCCACACCCAGAAGUUCUGCUGGAAAAGAAAUUGGUGCGUGUACUGUAAAAAGGACGGCCACAUUAUCCCUGAUUUUCCAUCUCUGCAGGUUCGAGUGAGGGACGCUAGCAGCUCUUCUGGUGGCUCUUCUCAAGCUCGACCGGCCUUUGCUACACAGCCUGCCGAGUCUGUGGGCAGUGAUGUUGUGACUCCUGGUGCUUUGGAGCAACUUGUAAGCAAGGCGGUUGCCUCCGCCUUCGCCAGUCUGCAGGUUUCCGGUAAGCCUCUUCCAUGGAUUCUCGAUUCUGCCUGUUUUAACCAUACGACCGAACGUUUGUCUGCUUUGGAGAAUGUCCAUCCUGGUCCGGGUAUACUAUUACAGGUUGCUAAUGGCAAUAAUUUAACUGUUGAGGGUGAGGGCACGGUUUCUCAACCUGCCAUUACACUUCCCUCCACGUUUCAUGUGCCUGCUCUUGUUCCCAAUCUUGUUUCGGUUGGCCAGCUCACUGAUCAAAACUGUUGGGUUGUUUUUGCACCAUCUGGUUGCUCUGUGCAGGAUCUGACGACAGGGAGGGAGAUCGGUCGGGGUAGCAAGUACGAGCGCAUCUUUCAUUUGGAGAAGCUUGAUGCGCCGCCUCCUGUCACAUCAUCAUCAUCGUUAGUUCCUUCGGUGUCUAGAUUGUCUCCCUGUUUGGCUGUGUUUUCUCGUAUUUGUGAUAAGAAUUUUCAUUUGUGGCACUCACGUUUGGGUCAUCCCAACUCUGGUCGGCUUGCAACUAUGUUUAGACCGCGGUUAUUUGGUGAUAAUGUGAUUGGUGAUUCUUCGGAUUUUUUUUGUACUUGUUGUGUUGAGGCUAAAGCUACUCGCUCCUCAUUUCCUUCUAGCCAAACUGUUAUCGUUGAACCCUUUCACAUUAUUCACACUGAUCUCUGGGGUCCUAGCCCCGUGACCUCUCGCCAUGGCUAUAAGUACUUUGCACUUUUUGUCGACCAUGCCACUCGAUAUAUUUGGGUGUAUUUUCUUCGUCUCAAGUCUGACCUUCUUGUUGUAGCCACUUAUUUUAUCACCAUGAUCCAGACCCAAUUCUCUAUAGUCAUUCGUGUCAUUCGUGCUGAUGAGGGUGGUGAAUUUAGUUCUCAUCCCCUUCUUUAGCUCUAUCGGUCUAGUGGUAUUCUCUCUCAAAAGGCUUGUCCCGAUACCUCUCAGCAAAAUGGUCUGGUUGAACGUAAGAACAUGCAUGUCAUGGAGAUUACUCGUGCCCUUUUGUUAGCCUCCCAUGUUCCGUCCUCCUUCUGGUCUGAAACUGUGUCUAGCGUUGUUCGUUUAAUCAACUACCAAAUCACUCAUGUCCUUGGUCAGUCUAGUCCAUACCAUAAGCUCUUUGAUAAACAUCCACCUUACUCUCGUCUUCGUGUGUUUGGUUGUACCUGUUUCGUUCUCCGUCCCCGAUCCGAGCGCACUAAACUUAUGUCUAAAAC